CCUUCCAGCCUAUGACACACUUUCUCUCCUUUUUUCUCUCUUUUGCCUCCUCUGGUCUCCUGAGUCCUGCCUGGGCGUCGCGCAGCCCCCUCCCGGCCCUGCAGCCCCUGGGCGGGCUGCGCCCCUCGGACGGUCCGGGCGGCCCGGACCGAGACCCAGAGCGCUGGGAGGAAGCCGGCGGCCUGCGCGGAGGAGGCGCCGUGGCUGGCGGAGCAUGAGCGGCCCAGGUUCGGCCCGACACGACUCCAUGUCCAGGAGACUGGCUCAGGGAGGGACCCGCCGCAGCCAGCAGGAGUGAAACCGGGCCUCAGGAACAGGAGGGCACCUCCCGUCCAUUGAGCGCCGACUGCAUGCCAGGAGGAGCGCCCGAGAUGGAUGACUACAUGGAGACGCUGAAGGAUGAGGAGGAGGCCUUGUGGGAGAACGUGGAGUGCAACCGGCAUAUGCUGAGUCGCUACAUCAACCCAGCCAAGCUCACCCCCUACCUGCGCCAGUGCAAGGUCAUCGAUGAGCAAGAUGAAGACGAAGUGCUUAACGCUCCCAUGCUGCCAUCCAAGAUCAACAGGGCAGGCCGACUGUUGGACAUUCUGCAUACCAAGGGGCAAAGGGGCUAUGUGGUCUUCUUGGAGAGCCUGGAAUUUUACUACCCAGAACUGUACAAACUGGUGACUGGAAAGGAACCCACCCGGAGAUUCUCCACCAUUGUGGUGGAGGAGGGCCACGAGGGCCUCACGCACUUCCUGAUGAACGAGGUCAUCAAGCUGCAGCAGCAGAUGAAGGCUAAGGACCUGCAGCGCUGCGAGCUGCUGGCCAAGUCCCGACAGCUGGAGGACGAGAAGAAGCAGCUGACGCUGAUACGCGUGGAGCUGCUGACCUUCCAGGAGCGGUACUACAAGAUGAAGGAGGAGCGGGACAGCUACAACGACGAGCUGGUCAAGGUGAAGGACGACAACUACAACUUGGCCAUGCGCUACGCCCAGCUCAGCGAAGAGAAAAACAUGGCCGUCAUGCGGAGCCGAGACCUCCAGCUCGAGAUCGAUCAGCUGAAGCACCGGCUGAAUAAGAUGGAGGAGGAGUGCAAGCUGGAGCGGAAUCAGUCACUGAAGCUCAAGAACGACAUCGAGAAUCGGCCCAAGAAGGAGCAGGUUCUGGAGCUGGAGCGGGAGAAUGAGAUGCUGAAGACCAAGAUCCAGGAGCUGCAGUCCAUCAUCCAGGCCGGGAAGCGCAGCCUGCCGGACUCGGACAAGGCCAUCCUGGACAUCCUGGAGCAUGACCGCAAGGAGGCCCUGGAGGACCGACAGGAGCUAGUCAACAAGAUCUACAACCUGCAGGAGGAGGUCCGCCAGGCGGAGGAGCUGCGAGACAAGUACCUGGAGGAGAAGGAGGACCUGGAGCUGAAGUGCUCGACGCUGGGGAAGGACUGCGAAAUGUACAAGCACCGCAUGAACACGGUCAUGCUGCAGCUGGAGGAGGUGGAGCGGGAGCGGGACCAGGCCUUCCAUUCCCGGGACGAAGCGCAGACGCAGUACUCACAGUGCUUGAUCGAGAAGGACAAGUACCGGAAGCAGAUCCGCGAGCUGGAGGAGAAGAACGACGAGAUGCGGAUCGAGAUGGUCCGGCGGGAGGCCUGCAUCGUGAACCUGGAGAGCAAGCUCCGGCGCCUCUCCAAGGACAGCAGCAGCCUGGACCAGAGUCUGCCCAGAAACCUGCCCGUGACCAUCAUCUCUCAGAACUUCGGGGACAGCAGCCCCAGGACCAACGGGCAGGAGGCUGACGAUUCUUCAACCUCAGAGGAGUCCCCGGAAGACAGCCGAUACUUCCUGCCCUACCACCCGCCCAAGCGGAGGAUGAACCUCAAGGGCAUCCAGCUGCAGAGAGCCAAGUCCCCCAUCAGCCUGAAGCGCGCCUCAGAUUUUCCAGGGAGGGGACAUGAAGAAGAUGGCAUGGACGUCAGCCCGGGCUCCUCCAGGUCCCUGCCUGUCACCAGCUCCUUCUCCAAGAUGCAGCCGCAUCGGAGCCGUUCCAGCAUCAUGUCAAUCACUGCCGAGCCCCCAGGAAACGACUCCAUCGUCAGGCGCUAUAAGGAAGACGCGCCUCAUCGGAGCACAGUCGAAGAAGACAACGACAGCGGUGGAUUCGACGGCUUAGACCUUGACGAUGACAGUCACGAGCGGUACUCCUUCGGCCCCCCCUCCAUCCACUCCUCCUCCUCCUCCCACCAGUCUGAGGGCCUGGACGCCUAUGACCUGGAGCAGGUCAACCUCAUGUUCAGAAAGUUCUCGCUGGAAAGACCCUUCCGGCCAUCGGUCACGUCCGUGGGGCACGUGCGGGGUCCCGGGCCCGCGGUGCAGCACACCACGCUGAACGGGGACAGCCUCAUCUCCCAGCUGACCCUGCUCGGGGGCAACGCGAGCGGGAGCUUCAUCCACUCGGUCAAGCCAGGCUCCCUGGCUGAGAAGGCCGGCCUCCACGAGGGCCACCAGUUGCUGCUGCUCGAGGGCUGUAUCAAAGGCGAGAGGCAGAGCGUCCCCUUGGACACGUGCACCAAAGAGGAGGCGCACUGGACCAUCCAGAGGUGCAGCGGCCCCGUCACUCUGCACUACAAGGCCAACCAGGAAGGGUACCGGAAGCUGCUGAAGGACAUAGACGAGGGGCUUAUCACGUCCGGCGACUCCUUCUACAUCCGGCUGAACCUCAACAUCUCCAGCCAGCUGGACGCCUGCUCCAUGUCCCUGAAGUGCGACGACGUCGUGCACGUCCUGGACACCAUGUACCAGGACAGGCACGAGUGGCUGUGUGCGCGGGUCGACCCCUUCACGGACCACGACCUGGACAUGGGCACCAUCCCCAGCUACAGCCGCGCCCAGCAACUGCUCCUGGUCAAGCUGCAACGUCUGAUGCACAGGGGCAGCCGGGAGGAGGCGGACACGGCACACCACACCCUGAGGGCCCUCCGGAACACCCUGCAGCCCGAAGAACCCCUUCCCACCACGGACCCCCGGGUCAGCCCCCGCCUCUCCCGAGCAAGCUUCCUCUUCGGCCAGCUCCUCCAGUUCGUCAGCAGGUCUGAGAACAAGUACAAGCGGAUGAACAGCCACGAGCGAGUCCGAAUCGUCUCCGGGAGCCCGCGGGGGAGCCUGGGCCGGGCCUCGCUGGACGCCACAAAGCUCCUGACCGAGAAGCAGGAAGAGCUGGACCCUGAGAGUGAGCUCGGCAAGAACCUCAGCCUGAUCCCCUACAGCCCGGUGCACGCCUUCUACUGCGAGCGCCGUCGGCCCGUCCUCUUCACGCCCACCAUGCUGGCCAAGGCGCUGGUCCAGAAGCUGCUCAACUCGGGGGGCGCCAUGGAGUUCACCAUAUGCAAGCCAGAUGUUGUCACGAGAGAAGAGUUCCUCCGAAAGCAGAAGUCAGAGACUAUCAUCUACUCCAGAGAGAAGAACCCCAACACCUUUGAAUGUGUCGUACCUGCCAACAUCGAGGCAGUGGCAGCCAAGAACAAGCACUGUCUGCUGGAGGCUGGGAUCAGCUGCACCCGAGACCUGAUCAAGUCCCGAAUCUACCCCAUCGUGCUCUUCAUCCGCGUGUCAGAGAAGAACAUUAAGAAGUUCAGUCCAGGGACAUGGCGCUGACCUCCAGCAGCAGAGACAGUAACAUACACGUAGGUGGAAGGUUUCCAGGAGGAUGCGUGCCAGGAGGGCCAGGUGGGCGCCGCAGGACCCAGGUGGUCCAGGAAGCUGAUGUUGGUGCAGACCCACUACAGUGAGGCCAGGUCGGGCGGGUGCAGAGGGCACAGCUGGCGCCCAGACCCAGAGGUGGGAGGAGGCCAGUGUGGGCAGAGCCGUGAGAAGGGACUUUGUAGCCAAGUGGGGUCCAGCCACGCCAGCCCAUGUCGGCCAUAGGACAGUGUGACAUCUCCUGAGUGAGACAGAGCUACUGGUGGUUUUGAGGAAUGACAUAAUCUAACAUGGGAUGGCAAGGCCCACUGGCUGCUGUGCCAAGACGGGCAUCGCGACAACCUGGACAAAGGACCAUGAUGCGGGAUGGGUCCCGUCUGGUGAGCAAUGAGGAAAGUCCGAUCCUGGAUCCACCAAGGUCAAGCCCGUGCAAUUGGGGGAGGGGUCAGCUGUGGGAUUUAAUAGAAGGAGGAAAUCAGGAUGAUGCCGAGGUGGGGGGCCUGCCUGUCACAUGGUGGGGGGCCUGCCUGUCACGUGGUGGCGUCUCUGGUCCCCACCUCUCCUCACACCAGCUGCAGCUGAGACUGAGGGUGGCCAGGCCACUCCAUUCUUCCCCCAGGGUUUCCCAUUAGGUGCCAGGCUUAGGGAACCAUAAGUCAAUGAGACCAGAGUCCCUACCUCAUCGCCUCACAUGCAUCAGAAGAGCUGCUGCACAAACACCAGAAACUGACACAGGUGGGCCCAGACGGGGAGAAGUUGGAGCCCUUGCACACUGCAGGGGGGUGGGAGAUACAAAAGGGUGCAGCUGUAUGGAGAACAGCAUGGAGGCUCCUCAAAAAUUAAACAUAGAGGAGCUCCCGUUGUGGCUCAGCAGGUUAAGAACCUGACUGGUCUCCCAGAAAGUGUGGGCUCAGUUCCUGGCCUCCCUCAGUGGGUUAAGGAUAUCCAGCAUUGCUGUGAGCUAUG